AUGGCACCCCCCACCACCUCCCAAAUCUCCCGCCUCUUCACCCCGUUGUCCAUCCAAGGCCGGCAACCCGAGACUUUGGCCCUGCUCGCCGACGACGUCGACUGGACCAUCUCGGGCCACUCGCCCAUGUCGGCCCGCUACACGUCCAAGCAGGACUUCAUCGACAACACGUUGAAAGUACUCCGCGAGCGAGUUCUAACGGAGCCACUGAGGCUCGGCGUGCGUCAUGUCAUUGUGUCGCCGGUGGGAGAAGAAGGGAAAGAGGGGAAGGAUGAGGAGAUUGAGGGCGAGGUCGUGGUGGAGUUGGAGGCUUUGGAUGCGGUGUGUAGAAAUGGCCUCCCCUACGACAUGCGCUACUGCUGGAUCUGCAAGUUCGCCCGGGGCAAAAUCGUCCAGGUGCGAGCGUACCUCGACACCGACCUGCUGACGCGGGCCAUACAGCAGAACCCAUGA